AUGCUGCGUCUUCUCCCCAUCUUAUCGAUCCUCGCCAUUGUUAAAGGACAUGGCUGGAUAGAAAGCCCUAAGGCCAGGAAUGCUGUCGCUGGUCCCGACAAUCACUACUGUCGACAAUGCGGUAACAGUGGUGGAACUGUUAAUCGCAUCAGUGAGAAGAACGCCCCCUUUCCUGAUAAUCAUGAUGCUGAUGGCACUCACGGCUUGUGUGGUGAUCCCUUCGAAGGGGGAGGUACUAAUCUACCCCCUCCCGCUCAGCAGACAUACAUGCAACAAGGUCCUGUGAAGGCUACUUACACUCGUGGCCAGAAUAUCGUCAUCGAAAUGGACUUGACCGUCCAUCACUGGGGCCACUUCGAGUACCGCAUUUGCGAGGGUGGACUGUCUGGUCAGAAGUACCCGACCCAGAAGGCUGGUCAGGACUGUCUCAAUAAGAAUCUUCUCGUGAGGCCUGACCCCAAGAGCCGUCCCGAAUGCCGUAAUGCUAAGAAUAUCGACGCCAGCAACUACGACUGUCAACCGCUUGACACAGCUCACCCGGAGAGAUG